AUGACCACUAAUUCCCAAAGGAUUUAUAACCUCCCUAUUGGCGAUAAGCUCCCCAAUGCAACACAUGCUUUGAGAAACCCUGAAGGAGUUUAGGAAUUGCUUUAUUAGCCUCUUCCUGGUAUUAAUAAUAUUUAAGAUCUGAUUAACCAUGGAUACAAAAAUAACGCUAAAAAGAAUUUUUUAGGUACAAGAAACCCUAAAACAGGUGUUUAUGAAUAUGAAACUUAUGAAUAAGUUUACGAGAAAGCCGUAGCUAUUGGUUCCUCAUUAUAAAACAUGAAUUUACUUAAAAUUACAAACGAAUAUAAAAAUUUUAAGUAUUAUGACAAAAGUGAUAGACACUUUGAUGGCACUUUAAAAUUGGUUGGAAUUUAUGCCAAAAAUAGGGCUGAAUGGACUAUUUGCGAUAUGGCUAAUGGCUUGUAUGGAUACACCAUGAUUCCUCUCUAUGAUACCUUAGGACCUGAAUCUGUUAGCUUCGUUUUGGGUCAUUCAGGCAUUACAACUUGCAUUUGUUCUACUUAAUCUAUGCAAAUAUUAUCAUAAACAAAAGAAUUGCACAGCCUUAAGAAUAUUAUCGCUUUAGAUUAGGACUACUCACCAGAACUUAUUUAAGCCUUGGAGAAAAAAGGUUUAAGAGUGCUUAGCUAUUAAGAGCUCAUUCUUAAAGGAAAAUCUAGCAAAAUUCCUUUGCCUAAAAACAUACCUGGAGCUUCUAUUUUUACUUUCAGUUACACUUCAGGCACUACUGGAAAUCCUAAAGGUGCUAUGAUAACUCAUAAAAAUGUUAUUGCUUGCGUUAGAGGACAUUAAAAUUGUGAUUUUAGAUUUAACGAUUCUGACACUCAUAUGAGUUAUUUGCCUUUGCCUCACAUUUUUGAGAGAUUUGUCAACUGCACUUGCUGGCUCACAGGAGCUAAAAUAGCCUUUUAUGGUGGAGAUACUCUUAAGCUAAGAGAAGACUUAGCUGCAGCAUAACCCACAGUACUUAUUAGUGUCCCUAGAGUUUUGAAUAAAUUCUAUGAUGAAAUUAAUUAUUUCAUUGCUAAUUAGCCUUCACCACAAAGAGAAACCAUAUAAAAAGCACUAAAUGAGAAGUUGUAAAAUCUUAGAAAAGAUGGAAAAUUCAAUGUUCAUCACCCUGUUUAUGAUGAAAAGAUAUUCAGCAAUUUCAAGAAGAUGUUUGGAGGAAAAUUAAGAGCUGUAGUAAGCGGUUCUGCUCCAAUCUCUUAGAGAGUACUUGAUUUUUUGAGUGUCAUUUUUAGCUGCUACGUUAAGCAAGGCUAUGGUCAAACUGAAGGAACCGGAUUAGAAACAGUUGAAUUGUUCUUAGACACAACAUAGAAUCACGUAGGAGGAAUUGUUGCAAGUGCUGAAUUAAAGCUUUAAGAUGUUCCUGAAAUGGGUUACUUCUCAACUGAUAAAGAUGAAAAUGGAAACCCUAUGCCAAGAGGUGAAAUCUGUAUUAGAGGAUAUACUGUAUUUGCUGGAUACUAUAAAGACGAUGAAAAAACUGCAGAAGCUUUUGAUGAAGAAGGUUGGCUCCAUUCAGGAGAUAUUGGUCUUAUCUUGCCAAACGGUACUUUGAGAGUUUUCGAUAGAAAGAAAAACAUCUUCAAGUUGCAAUAAGGUGAAUACGUUUCUCCAGAAAAGAUUGAGAAUAUCUAUGUUAGAGCUAGAGGUGUGCAAGAAGUUUUCGUUCAUGGAGACUCCCUCUAAAGAUACUGUGUAGCAAUAUUAGUUCCUAAGCCAGAAGAAAUUCUAAAGAUUGCUAAAGAGUUGAAUAUCAGUGAAACUAAAUUAGAAGUCCUUUGUAAAAAUUAGCAAAUCACUUAGUUCUACUUAAAAAGCGUCACAGAUCUAGGCAAAAAGGAAGGAUUGCACACAUUUGAGUAAGCUCAUAAAGUAUAUUUAGAACCUGUCUCUUUAGUAAUCCACGGUUGUUUAACAUCAAGCUUUAAGCUAUAGCGUCAUAUUGCAAGAUAAGUUUUCAAGAAAGCUAUUGAAGAGCUUUAUAGUACCCCAUUAAAUAUUGAGCAAAAGCCUCGUUUGUGA